AUGGACCUCCUUCCACCUCUUGGAGAUUUCGGCAGGAACUAUAACUCUGCUAUAGCUAGUGUCGCUUUUGUUACCGCUGCCGCUGCCGCCAUACUAUGGAUGCUGUACCAUUUUGCAACACAAACCGAUAUCCCCAAGAUCAACGGCAUCCCCGAGAUUCCAGGCGCCCUCCCCAUCGUCGGGCAUCUCCUCCAACUCGGGGAAGACCACGCGACCGUUUGCGAAGUAAGUACUCCCUCCCCCCCCCCAUUCCAAAUCCAAAUCACACAUCUCAACUAACCCUCUCCUCUCUUUCCCCCAGAAAUGGUCUCUCGCCUACGCCCUCCCAACCUUCCAAAUCCGCCUGGGAAACACGCGCGCCGUCGUGGUGAAUUCCUUCCACGACUGCAAGCGCAUGCUGCUGGGCAACCAGAGCGCCGUCAUCGAUCGGCCGAAAUUGUAUACGUUUCAUGGCGUCAUCUCGUCCACGCAGGGGUUUACGAUCGGGAGUAGUCCGUGGGAUGAGAGUUGUAGGAAUAAGCGGAAAGCGGCCGGGCAGACGCUGGGGCGGGUGGCGAUGAGGGGGUAUGUGCCUAUGUUUGUGAGUAUUCGUUUUUCAUUCGCCCACCAAAAAGGGGAGAGAAAGAUGCUGCUCUUUUUUUUUUUUUUUGAGAUAAGAGCUUUUUGUAUUUUGACGUUUUUCUCUCUGGCAAUUUUUAGGAUCUGGAAACAUACUGUAUCGUGCGAGAUUUAUGGAAGGAUAGGUAAGAAAGACCCCUCUUCCCUCCCCCACACCAACCAAAUGCCUGCAGGUGCAGGACCUAUGUUAUCUCUCCUCCUCUUUGUUCUGACUCUUUUUCUUGGUCGACAUCUCUAGUCAGCAGCAGCAGCAGUCCCCCGCCUCUUCAGAAAGAGGCGAAACAACAACCUACCUCAGCAUCAGACCUUACCUCCAACGCUACGCCCUCAACACCACCCUGACGCUAUGCUAUGGAAUCCGAAUGUCCCACCUCUGGGACGGCAUGCUCCGGGAAGUCCUCGAAGUCGGCAGCGCGAUCAGUCUCCUGCGGAGUGCGUCGGAGAAUUAUCAGGAUUACAUCCCCAGUCAGUCAGCCUUUGUCCCAAAAGUGCUCUAGAGAAUAGUCUCACUGACAAGUCAAACUCCGGGGGUUUUUAAAGUCCUGAGAUACCUCCCCAACAACGAAAAGACCGCCCGGAGUAAAUCUCUGCGCGACAGGAGGGAUAAAUACCUCAACGAACUGCUAGAGCGCGUGCGCGUCAUGAUUCAACACGGAACGGACAGACCCUGCGUCUCGGCCGCGAUUCUCAAAGACGAAGAGACGAAACUCUCCGGCGUGGAAGUCUCCUCCAUCUGUCUCAGUCUCGUGAGCGGGGGGUUCGAGACGAUCCCGGGAACGCUGACCAGUUGUAUCGGAUCGCUGUCCACGCCUGAAGGACAAGUCUUCCAGGAUCGAGCAUACGAGGAUCUCGAGAGGUGGUAUCCGAACCUUGAAGAUGCGUGGACCAGGAGUCUGGAAGUCGAAGAGGUUCCUUAUAUCAAUGUUCGUGCUACCCUCUUUCUCUCCUCUCCCGCCCUCCAAACUUCUGGGCCUCCACUGACCUGUGGAAAAUCCGAACAGGCAAUCGUCAAAGAAGCCGGCCGCUACUACACCGUCUCCUCCAUGUCGCUGCCCCGAAAAGCAGCCACAGACAUCCCAUGGGACGGAGCCAUCAUCCCCAAAGGCACCAUGAUCCUCAUCAACGCCCAAGCCGCCAACCACGAGGUCGAACAUUUCGGUCCCGAUGCGCCCACUUUCAAUCCGGAGAGGUGGCUGCAGACGCUCGAACCCCCCGAAGAGCUUCCUGCCAGUGGAUUGCAGCACUUUUCAUUCGGUGCCGGCUCGAGGGCUUGUUCGGGCCAGUAUAUCGCGAGCAGGUAAGUGUGACAUAUCUGCUUGGAGGAAUGAUUCGCUGAUGACGUCCAAAGGCUUCUGUAUACUGCGUUGGUCAGACUGCUUAGUAGUUUCAAGAUUGUGGCAAGUGAGGAGGAACCGCCGAAUACAGACUACGUGGUAAGAAGCCAUUUCCAGGCGGUCAAGCUCAGUCGAAGAAGCUAGCGAGCUGAUUUCCCUUUCGCAGGACUACAACCAAUUCAAGUCAGCAUUGGUGGCAAUACCAAGGGAUUUCAAAGUGAAGUUGAUCCCAAGAGAUCCGGAUCGUUCAGAACGAUGCCUCAAGCUGGCCGAGGAGAGGACAAAGGAUGCGUACGCAUAA